AUGUCGGGCUACUACGACGGCUACGACGGCAUCCCGGACUACGGCGGGCCGCGCCACGAGGGCCGCGACCACCGCGUCGUCGACACGAAGGACGUCGUCGCCAACGACUGGGUGGGCCACGCCUACGACCCGGCCGGCGGCCUGACGUACGCGAACCCGGCGGGCCCGAGCCUGCCGGAGUCGCGGAAGCGGCCGCGGCCGCCGCCGCCGCCGCCGCCGCCGCCGGAGGAGGACGACAUCCCCGGCUACGUGCCCUCGCCGUCCGUCGCCGCUUUGAUGGGCGUCGACGUGCCCCUCGUCGGGUCGCGCGACAUGACCGUCGGCGAGGGCCGCGACUGCUCCAAGGACUGGCGGUGCCCGCAGUGCGCGAACGUCAACUACUCCGGCCGCAAGUGGUGCAACCGGUGCCGCGAGCCGCUGCCGCGGGACCCGGAGUUCGUCGGCGCCACGGGCAAGGUCUCCGCGAACCCCUGGGCGAACCGCGACACGUCCAAGGACUGGCGCUGCCCCGGCUGCUCGAACCUCAACUACGCGGGCCGCCGCGCGUGCAACCGGUGCCAGAUGCCGCAGCCCGAGGACCUCAAAGACGGCGGCAACGUGCAGACCGUGCCCAUCAACCCGGCCAUCGCGCCGACGAUCAAGCUCGGCGCGGCGGCGCCGCCGCCCGCGGACCAGACGCGGAACCCGCAGUGGGACGGCCGCGGCGGCGGCUUGGGCCCGCUCCUGCCGCCGCCGCGCAAACCGGGCGUCAACGCCGGCGCCGACCGGCCGGACCCGGGCCCGCGCCGCGACGGCGCCCAGGACUGGCGCUGCCCGACGUGCAACAACGUCAACUACAGCGGCCGGCUCACGUGCAACAAGUGCAAGUACCCGAUCCCGCGCGACGGCUACGCGGCGGCGCACGGCGGGUCCCUCGAGGGCUACGAAAGAUUGCGCGUGCCCGCGGACGAGGGCCGCGCGCCGCGGACCGCGCGCCGCGAUUCCGCCUUCGACUGGAAGUGCGGGACCUGCGCGAACACGAACUACAGCGGCCGCCUCGCGUGCAACAAGUGCCUCAAGCCCGUGCCGCCGCCGGGCUACGUCGAACUCGUGCCCCCGACGGCGCGGGGCUUCCCGGGCGGCGACACGGGCCACGGGCUGCACGACCACGGCUACCACGACGAGGGCGCGCGGCCCUUCGGGGGCCCGCCGCCGCCGCCGGGGCCGGCCUACGGGUUGCCCGUGGCCCAGCACGCCCUCCGCCACGCGGUGGCGGACCCGCACGAGCUCGACCGGCGCUACGCGGCCGCGCCGACGUGGAACGACGUCCUCGAGCUGUGGUCCGGCCGCGGCGCGCCGACGGCGGCGAAUUUGGCCAACGCGCUGAGCCGUUUGGGCAAGGUCGGCGGCGACGACCGGUCCGCGGCGCACGCCGCGCGCCACGACCGGCGCUUCGCGGCGCUGCUGCGGGAGCUCCGGAGCCGCAUCUGCGACGACCCGGAGUACCUCGGCCCGCGGCAACUGGGCAACGUCGCGCACGCCUUGGCGCGCCUCGGCGCGGGCAAGGGCCACAUGGACGGCGAGCGGGCCUUCCAGUCCCUGGGCCGCGCGGCGGCGCCGCGCGCCGCGGCCUUCGACGCGCGGGAGCUCGCGAACACGGCCUGGGCCUUCGCGACGGCCGGCGUCGACGCGCCGGAGCUGAUGCGCGCGUUCGCGGCGCGCGCGGCGGACAAGGUGGUGGACUACGACGUCCGCGAGCUGGCGAACCUCGUCUGGGCUCUGGCGAAAUUGGGCAAGGGGCCGGCGUCGUCGCCCGAGGCCGCGCGGCUCUUCGAGGCCGCGGCGUCUUCCGCGGCGGACCGCGCGGCGCAGCUGUCGUCGCAGCAGGUCGCGAAGCUGCUCUGGUCCUACGCGGCCGUCGGGCUGCGGCACGAGUUGCUCUUCCACGCGCUGUGCGGCCGCGCGCGCGCGGACCUGGCGUCCUACGGCCCGCUCUCGGUCGCAACGUCCGCGUGGGCGCUCGCCAAGGCGGGCCACCGCGACGACGCGUUGAUGGCGGCGCUCGCGGGCGUCGUCGCCGCCAAGGCGUCCGACUUCGGGCCGGGCGCGAUCGUCGACGCGGCCGACGCGCUCGACGCCGUCGGAGGGCACGCGGCGGCGCUCGACGCCGCGCUCGCCGCGGCCGCGCGGCGCGCGGCGGCGCUCGCGACGCCCGCGCUCCUCCGGCUGCUCGACGUCCUCGCGCGCGGCGCGGGCGCCGAGUCGAUCCCGGCGUUCCAGAGCGCCGUCGGCAGCCGCGCGGACGCCCUCGAACCGGGCGAGGUCGUCGCGUUCGCGCAGGGCUUCGCGAAGCUCCCGGGAGACCCCGGCCGCGUCUUCGAGGCGCUGGCGAGCCGCGCGGCCCAGCGGCGCACGUUCCUCGACUCGCAGCAGAAGCUCGCGCUCGAGGCCGCGCUGCUCGAGAAGGGCAAGGCCGCGCUGCUGCCCGCGGGCUUCUUCCGCGACGCGCUGCGGAGCGACGCCGCGUUCCAGCGGUCCGCGGACGAGCCCGCCUUCCUCGAGGAGCCCGACGAGCCCGCGCCGCCGCCGCCGCCGCCGCCGCCGAAGCCGCCCAAGGUCGACGCGCCGCUCCUGCCGCCGUCGCUCACGUCGAAGCUCGCCGCGGACUUCGACGUGGGCAUCCCGGGGUUCCGGAAGUAA